GCCAACAAGCCCCGCCCACCAAGAGGCCCACACCACGAGUUUGGGUCUCCGCAGCGCCCGUAGUUUUGAACUUUCACCGCUCCUGCGGCCGGCGCCGGGGGAUAGCACGCAUGCGUCUUGUCUUCGAAUGGGUGGUACCCUUAUCCUCGCGGCGGCGGCAGGAACCGUGGCCGUGCUGCUGGCAGUGCGGCUAUGGGUAGUGCUGCGUCCCCGCGCCGCUGUGCCCCGGCGGUCUCUCAGCCUCUUGGUGGUGGCUGGGUCCGGUGGUCAUACCACGGAGAUCCUGAGGCUGCUCGAGAACUUGUCCGAUGCUUACUCUCCUAGACAUUAUAUCAUUGCUGACACUGAUGAAAUGAGUGCCCAUAAAAUAAAUUCUUUUGAAGUAAAUCGAGCUGAUAGAAACCCCAGUGCUGUGGAUUUAUCUAUCAUGUGGCAUUCACUAAAUAAUAAAUUUUCCCGAAUACUAUAUUCACCGCAUUCCCAGAAGCCGGGAGGUCCAGCAGUCCUGGCUGUCCACGGUACUCACCACCUUGUACUCUCUGUGGCUCUCCUUCCCCCUGACUCACCGAGUGAAGCCAGAUUUGGGACUGUACCUCAUGCUGCUUUUGUGCCUUGCUCCACUCUUGGUCACACCUACCACAGCUCAGGACAGAAUGUAGCCAUUAAGGCCUCAACCCAGACCACGGAGGUGAACUGUAUUUUCCAAAGUUGGCCAGCCACAUGCUCUGAAUAUGACCUGGCCGCUUCCUCACGCAGAAGUGGAGUCUGGUUGCUCGCCCUUGGAAUUUAAACCGGCCACCAGAAUGCAGCGAGAGUGGGAAGUGACAUUCUAACUCAGACAUUCCCCGGGGGAUGCCCUCACAGAACGCAGCCACCAGGCUGUGAGAAGCACAAGCCCCACGGAGAGGCCAGGUGUAGGUGUUCAAGGUCACGGUCACAGCUGAGCACAGGCUUUGCGUCAUCUCAGUCCAGGUGCUAGACGUGUGAGGGGAGAAGCCUCCGGAUGAUUCCAGCCCCGCCAUUUGAGUCACUCCCAGCCUUUCUAAUCCUCCCAGCUGAGGCUCAAACACCAUGGAGCAGAGAAAAGCUCUCCCUUCUGUGCCCAGUGAAUUUCUGACCCACAGCGUCCAUGAGCAGAAUUAAAUGCUUGCUGUUUUCUGCCGCUAAGUUUUCGGGGAAUUCAUUUCAAAGCAGUAGGUAAUUAGAACGAUAACUUUUCAGAAGGAGCCAGUCCCUCUAAAGUUUGGUUACUUUGGCUUAAUAUUAGGAGAGGAGAUGAUUUCUCCCUCCAAGGCAAAAGGAAGAAAAUGUAUUUCUACACCAUGGAUAGGAAAAGGCUUUUUUUUUUUCUUUUCUCCUUGCUCCUUGGCCUGCAUGUAGCAGUGAAAUAGAAACCAAUGGAUUCUUUUAAAUCUUUUAACCAUAUGCAGAUGAAUAAGCAAAUGCUUGGACUUGAUUCCUAAUCUCUUUUCCUUCCCUGUAUAACUG